AUGAAAUCAAAAAUUUUUGAGAUUUGUUGUGAUUAAUUAUCUUUAACUAAUGAAUCUCAGACAUUUGAAUUAAUUAUCUAUUAUACAUAACUUGAUUUUGGACAGAAAUGCUUCUAACUUAAAUUAUCUAGAGCAUAAAUUUUAGAUAGACUUUAAUUGAGUAAAUUUAAAUAUAUACUUGAUGAAGAAGACCUGAUUGAAUUAGAAAAUUUUUAAAGUGAACUAAUAAAAGAACGAUUAUUUUUAGAUUUGAUAAUAUAAUUUGAUUAAGAUAGCCUGGCAUUAUGUUUAUAAUUAAAACCUAUAAGAAUUUGCUUAUCUGGAUAUUAAACCUAAGAAUUACUUAAGUCUUUUUCAACAAAAAAUAAGGAAAUUAAUACUUAAUUUAAGAAUGAAGAUGAUGAUGAAUGUUUUGAAAUUAUAUAAUAAAAGAAGCCUUUCAAUUUGUAAGUUGAAUUAUUUCCAAUUUAAUUUAUAGUUUCAUUUGAUUCAGAAGGUUUGGAUGUAGAGGGAUUGAAAACCUAAGUCUUAAAAUUUGGAUCAUUUAACAAUUUGAUUUUAGCUACAAAUGAAGUUUUAUAUUUUCAUUAAUUCAAUCAAACUUCAAAAUAGGAUUUUAUAUAAUUUUUAAAAAGCUAACAGUUAUCAACCUUUGGUAUUUUGCUUUAAGCAUAUAGUUCACUUGAAAUAACAAAAGCAGCUAGUUCAUUUACUGAUGCUAUUGUGAAUAUGGUUAGUAAGCCUUUCAUAUCAAAUAAUGGUUUUGUAAGAUAAAAUAAGUUAUAUAUAUAGUUAUAUGGAUUAAUGGAGGGUAGUUAUGAUUUAACUUGUGGGAUUACUUCAUCAUUAUUAUAAUUAACAGCUUUACCAGCCAGUGCUUUAAAUAAUAUGGCUAAUUAUAUUGGACUUGGUGUUAUAACUGUUCCCUUCUCUUAACUCGAAGAAUUUUGCAAAAAAUUAUUUUAUAAAGUAUCUAUAUAAAUUAAAAAACUUAGAUUAACCCAGAAAAAGGAAUUCCAUAGAGAUUUCUUAAAGAUUAACAAUGA